CUGACCGCCUUCAACCUUCCGCCUUUCCAGCCAAUCCUUACUCCAUGAACAGCCCAAGAUGUCAGGGAAACAUUACAAAGGACCUGAAGUCAGCUGCUGCAUCAAGUAUUUCAUAUUCGGCUUUAACAUUAUAUUCUGGUUUUUGGGAGUGGCCUUUCUAGGAAUUGGUCUGUGGGCAUGGAGUGAAAAGGGAGUGUUGUCCAAUAUUUCAUCAAUCACAGACCUGGGUGGCUUUGAUCCCGUCUGGCUAUUCCUUGUGGUCGGAGGUGUGAUGUUCAUUCUGGGAUUUGCGGGAUGUAUUGGGGCUCUGCGAGAGAAUACCUUUUUGUUGAAGUUUUUCUCUGUAUUCCUUGGAGUGAUUUUCUUCCUGGAGCUUACGGCUGGGGUCCUGGCUUUUGUCUUCAAGGACUGGAUCAGGGAUCAACUUAACUUCUUCAUUAACAAGAAUAUCAGAGCGUAUAGAGAUGACAUUGAUCUCCAGAAUCUUAUUGAUUUCACACAGGAAUAUUGGGAAUGCUGCGGUGCCCAUAAUGCUGAUGAUUGGAAUUUGAAUAUUUACUUCAAUUGUACAGAUGGCAAUACGAGUCGGGAACGCUGUGGAGUGCCCUUUUCCUGCUGUACAAAGGACCCCACGGAGGAUGUCAUUAACACCCAGUGUGGUUAUGAUGUGAGACUGAAGGAGGUGCUUGAGCAACAGAAUUAUAUUUACACUAAAGGUUGUGUGGGACAGUUUGAGAAAUGGCUUCAGGAAAAUCUGACUGUGGUUGCAGGAAUAUUUAUUGGAAUUGCAUUGUUACAGAUUUUUGGCAUCUGCCUGUCUCAAAAUUUGGUCAGUGAUAUUGAAGCAGUCAGGGCGAGCUGGUGACUGGACACCCCCAUCACAGAGUGAACACAGCAUGGGAUCAAGACAAGAAAACUCAGCAGCUCUCAGAAUGUCACUUGCGUGCUGAAUCAUGCAAUGUUCCAUGAUAAGGGUGGGGAGAGAUGCACAUGAUGCUUUGAGAAAUGGUUGUUUCCCUCCCGUCUUUCUCCCAAUCGCUAUCCCCCACCCCACUCCCGCCACCCCAUCUGCUCUCCAAAAGUGUGACUAUGAUUGGAUUUAGGCGGGAUUGAUGCUGUCAUCACAAACUGCCUAGAGGAGAUUCAAAAUGAAGCAUCUUCAGUGAAAGUCUGGCUGAACGUGUGCAUCCUACUUAACAGUUCUACACAUUGGGUCGUGGUGUUGAACAUAACAGAUAACUGAAGACACCAGCAUGCCAGAGAUAACUGUCCUGCAUUUGAAAGCACAGAGUUAAAAUGUCUCUCCCUUUACCCUGCACAGUGACAAACUCUGACCUUCUCCCCCUAGUAAAAUUAAUGACAUUGAUCAUAGAAUUUGCAGCACAGAAGGAGGCCAUUGUAGUUGGGCCAAUGCCAGCUCUUUACUGGGAUCUGUCUACUGCAAUCCCCAUUGCCCUAACCCUUCCUUGUACCUUGUUUCGUUUCUCUACCCCCCUCCCAGGUGAAAACUUCACAGCAUCUUGAAACACAAGAUUGAGGGAGUAACAGCGCAGAUGAAGGACCUUCACAGGAUGAUUUGGAUGGUUGAAUUUCAUGUGCCUGUGACGCAGGGUAGUAGUUUAAUGUUGUUUUUGUGAAGUUCUUUGCCAAAUAUAUAUAUGCUUUUCAUUAAGUGGAAAAAAGGGACAAUGUACCUUACCUAAUUCUAUUGAGUGGUAUUUUCCUCCUUUAAACUUCCUUUCUGUUCUAAAGGAAGGUGACUACCCUUCAUGUAAAUAAAUGAAAGAUCAAAGUUAUUGUGUUAUAUGUAGGAAAAUGUCUUCAGUUAAAAAGUUUUUGUGGAAGCACAAGAUAACAUAAAGCAAUGUUAUUCAUGGGCAUGUUUAAGGUUACUUUGUUAAAGCAAAACCCUAUUGUAAUAUAUUAAAAAAAAUUGAUGUACCAAAAGCAUUCGUUCAAAGCGUUUCGCAGAAAUGCAACAAGUCGAUCACUUAACUCACCCACUUGCAAAUAAUAAUUGAUAUAAUAAUGGUCCCCUUUAUCUUGCAGUAUAACCCAAGGUGAAAGCAAGAGCUGAAACUGGGCGAGUUAUUAAAAAAAAAAUGCAUUUUCCUAGUGAUAAAUAUUCAGUAUUACAUAGUCCUAAGUCUCUCAAUUUCCUCGUGUACUUUUGUUAAUACUGCUUGCAUCCAGCUUCUGUGCCAGUGUUGGGUUUGACAGUUAUGAGCAUGUUUAAUCAGCUGCCUUCUGUUUGCACAGUGUUGCAUGAUAAUGUGCUGGGAUCUCUUGCUGAGAUAUGAUGAGUGGAUAGCCCUUCACAUAAGAGUAUUACGUAUUCACCCAAAUUACACUGUGGACUAACCUUAUCUCUGAAUGAUACUGUAGUGAGAUCCACAGAAGAUGAAGAUGCUGUUUCUUUUGAGGUGUCACUGUACUGGUUUGUGGAUAGUAAUUAUCCACUUUUAAAUAAAAGAAACACUUUUAUAUA